AUGUAUGUAGCUCACAGCGGCCUAGAGCCACCAACGAUAACGUGGAUUGGGGUUCAAUUCCCUGUGCAAGCCUUAAUGAGUCCUGCACUCAUUUUUAAAUCAAUAAUAAUAAGUACAUUUAAAUCGGUUGAAUUAUGGAGCGUUAUUAUGGCUGUUAAAUUUUCUACAUUACCAGCAGCUCAAACUAUAACGGGUCAGGAGAUUGUUGCGAUUUCCCAACUAAAUGAAGAUGGACGAUUAGCCUUAAGGAAAGCAACGUUAGGCGAUAUAAUCGCAUUAGCGGGCGGUGGUGGUGGUAACGGAGGAUUACCAGACAUAGAGGAAGUUAUCCAGGGCGGUGUUGUGACCGCUGCAGAGAUUAAUGACAUUGUGAAAGACGUCUUUACAGCACCCAAAGGCCAGUUCAUUCAAGCUUACGGUAAUGGUGCACUAGGUCCUACAAUUCAGAACGCAACACUCAUAGCGUACAUGGAAGAUGGCGGCACACCUAUCAUUUUAAAUAUGAUGGCGGGUCCUGCUUCCGAUAGUUGA